GUACAGUGUAAAAUUUUUAUUUUUUUAUUUGGGGAUUUCCUAAUAUUUUUUCAAGCAUUUUCAAAAAAUAUUUUACGGUUACAUAUUUAAGGUCUGAUUGCCCAUAAACCUUCCCUGGGGCCAUGUGAGGUCCCACACAAAAUUUGGGCCUGAUCGGUUUAGCCGUUUUGACAUUUAUUGGAUACAAAUAACAGACAAACAAACAAAGAGACAGACAGCCAAGCUAAAUUUAUAUAUUAAAGAUAGGAAUCGUGGUCAUGUCACACCAAUUUUUUUAUUUGAUUCAGCCGUUUCCUAGUUCAUGAUUUGGUUUGAUUUGAUUUAUGAUCCUUAAGGAGGAGAGUAAAUACUACUUUUGGGUUUUGAGAGCUGAAAGAGCAACAUUUUAAAUUGAAUUAGAAUCUUGAAGUUUUUGUUCAAAUCAAUUGUUACUUUAAAUUAAAAAUUGCAUAAUCAAGGUUCCCACGACCUUUUUGCACAGGACAAAUAAGUCUAAAUCUUAAUUUAAUGGUCACUGAACACCAUGGGAAAGGUUUGCGAAAAGUAGAAAGUGUUUUAGAGACAAAUUAAAUAUACUUAUUAUUACAUUUAAUGUUUAUGAUUACAUUUGAAAAAAAGUAAUUAAGGGUGUGGGGGGGGGGGGGUUGUAAAGGAUUAAUUUCCAUCCUUAUCCCUUUUAAGUGUAAAGCUAUACGCAUUCUUGAGUUUAUCAUUUAAUCCUGGAUUUUCAAAUUCUUGGAACCAUUUUUCAAUCUACAGUGUGGGAAGUGUUAAAGUUUCAGCUCCUUGUAUAUAAACCAGCAGUGAGCAUUUAGAAUUCAGUUCAACCCAAGCUUAACUAUCAACAACAGAGAUGGGGUUAAUGGUGGGAGUUUUUAUCAGUAUCCUUGCUGUGGCUUUAUCAGAGCCUGGAUAUGGAUACUAUGGAGGAUAUUCUCCAUAUGGCUAUGGAUUUGGUUUUGGACAUGGAUAUGGCUACAGUCACUUCUUGGGGAAGAGAUCUGCUGAUGCUGAACCAGAUGCUGUAGCUGAACCUGAUGCCGUAGCAGAACCAGGCUAUGGUUAUUAUGGAUAUGGAGGUUAUGGAAGGUUCUAUGGAGGUUAUGGAUAUGGACAUGGACAUGGAUAUGGAUAUGGACAUGGACUUGGGCACUUCUUAGGUAAAAGGUCUGCUGAUGCUGAAGCUGAUCCUGGAUUUGGAUAUGGUUAUCCAUACUUUGGCUAUGGAGGUUUUGGAUAUGGAGGCUACAGAUCAUUUGGACAUCAUGGAUAUGGCCAUGGUCACCAUUUUGGAAAGAGAUCUGCAAAUGCUGAAGCCAGUCCUGGUUUUUUUGGUGGCUUUGGGUAUCCUUACAGAAAUUAUGGCUAUGGAGGCUAUGGAAGUUAUGGUGGAUAUGGCUAUGGUCAUCAUCAUCAUUUUGGAAAACGAUCUGCCGAUGCUUCUCCAGCUGCUGAAGCAGCUCCUGAACCUUCCCCUGAAGCAGCACCAGCUGCAGAGCCAGUACCUGAUGCAGAUGCGGUUGCAGAAGCUACCCCUGAGGCUCAUAUUGGAUACUUUGGCUCACCUUAUGGUCAUGGCUAUUAUUCCCCAUACAUUUUCAGUCCAUAUGUUUAUGGUCACCACCUUGGUAAAAGAUCUGCUGAGCCAAUAUUUGGUCUCUUUGGCUUUGGACAUGGACAUGGUCAUGGAUAUGGUCAUGGAUAUGGUCAUCGCUAUGGGCAUUCAUACAGGCCACAUCAUCAUCAUGGUCAUGGACACCACCAUCAUGGGAGAUGAUCAUCACAUGAAGAAGUUUAAACCAGAUAACCAAGAGUUCAGAAGAAAAGAUUUGUGGACACUGCAAAUAUAGUUUCUUGAUAAGUGCCCUAGUCAUUAGAUACUUACUGCAUAAAUUAUUAAUAAAGUAGUUUUGAAACCGG